GGAGUCUAUGGAGAUGAUGUUGCUAUCUAUCCUAGGUCCAGUGUUGCACUGUGAGUGGUUCAUCACUUCUUGGGAGCAAGCCUUUCUCACUACGCUUGUGAUGCUGGGUAUGGCCAUGAGCUCAAGCUUCUGGGGGACCAUGUGUGACAAGUAUGGGAGGAAGGCGGUCUUCUUCGCCUUUGGCACGGCCUUCGAGGUGGUCAUCGCCAAACUGAUCAUGCCCACCCUCGGCUGGCGCUACUUACUGGGAGCUACAGCCAUCCCCAUACUUCUGUUUCCCUGUCUGGGAUAUGUGGAAAAGCGCGGAGAAAUAAAAGACUUGUUUGCCAAAAAGUACCGGGCUGUGUCUAUCAUAUUGUUCGCCUCCUGGUUUUCCGUAGGGUUUUGUUACUUCGGUAUUGCCCUGCUGGUGCCCACAUUGUUUACCAAUCCUGAUGGUUGCCAUGGCAGUGACGUGUCUACGUCGGACAAGGACGAGUGUCACGUGGAGUGUGUGGCCUUCACCCAGGAGGACUACGACGAACUGGUCAUCACAGGAUUCGCCGAUUUCCCUGGUCUGCUGUUUAUCGUGGCUGUGAUGACGUGUCUAGGCCGACGUCACAGUGUAGCUUUGUGUAGUUUGCUGUUUACAAUAUUCCUGCUGUUGUCUAACCUUUGUGUUAACAGAAUCACCUUGACUUUUUUCCUGUUCACUGCACGAGCCGUCAUUACUGGUGUCUAUCAAGGCAUCUAUGUCUACACAUCGGAGGUGUACCCCACACACAUCCGCUCUCUGGGCAUGGGUUUCGGGAGCGGUUUGUCUCGGAUAGGAGCAUUACUUACGCCCUAUCUGGCACAGGUGGGCACAGAAAAGAACGCUUACAUCGGCAUCAACGGUUACGUCCUGUUUGGUAUCAUCACUAUAUGUCUGGUUCUCGCCCUCCCUAUAGAGACUAAAGGUCGCUCUAUGCAGGACACGGAGGAGUACACUGAGCUAGACAACUGACCACUGAUCACUGUCCACUGUCCCGCCAACAAAAUGAGGACAAAUUUCGCCAUUGGAUGGUAGACAAACGUUACCGAACACAGACGUGACGUCAGUAGUGGACGCCAUGACGUCAGUCACUGACCAGAGAGAUCACACUGACCGCUUCUCUGACUGAUACACAAACUGAUACACUCAUCGAUACUCUCAUCGAUACUCUCAUCGAUAUAACCGAUACAUUGACAGAGCGCUCAUAUGACCUUAUGCAGUUGCGAGAACCAUAAAACACUUACCAAAAAUAACAUGCACACACACACUGACCGAUGUACUCACCGAUAUAUAGAGCGAUACUCCGACCGACACUCUGACCCAUACACUGACCCAUACACUGACCGAUAUACUGACGAUAUACUGACCGAUAUACUGACGAUAUACUGACCGAUAACCUGACCGACCAUUGGACGGUGGACGAGUGUCAUCAACAACAGACGUGACACACUAGACCAACACACUGACCAUUGCACUGACCAAUAAUAUACUCAUCGACAUAGAGAACAACACACCGACCGACACACUGACCAUUGCACUGACCGAUACACUGAUCGACACAGGGAACAACACACCGACCGACACACUGACCAUUGCACUGACCGAUACACUGAUCGACACAGGGAACAACACACCGACCGACACACUGACCCACACGAAGACUGACACAAACACACUCACCGACGCGCUAACUGAUACACUGACGGGAAAAUCGACACAAUGACCGAUACACUUAUCUGUACACUAAUAGAUACAUGUGCUCCGAAACAACGACGGAUGUCCUCACCGACACGAUAUACAAAGCGACCGACAUUAUGAUCAACACUCUGACACACUGUCUGGUACAAUGAUCAACGCAUCUACCGACAUACGUACCGAUACAUUGACCAAAAUGUCCGAUUGUUUCUAUAUAUCCCCUGUGAAGGAAAGAUGAGACAUGGAUUUUUCUCGCUCUCCCUUACAACAAAGCACCAUCUUCUUCCACAUUCAAAGCGUGACUGAGUACUGCUUGGAAUCAAAAGGUUGUAGACUAGAUUCCAGAAACGUGUUCUUACUUGACCAUUGGAAGAUCGAGCUGGGAAUUAUAAUAAUUAUAAUAAUACAACUUCAAUUUCCAACUUUUAGGAAGUUAAAUCACGACUGUUGAGUUUGUUGAAAAGUUUUUCCAUUUAGAGACCAAACAAAUUUUUUAAAAAUGUACUAACUAUGGUUACAGCCCGUGUUUCGUAGAAUUUCAAAUGCACUCUGUAUUACCUCUUGUUUUCGCGGCGGAUUUCAGUGCUUUCGAGGAAAUUUACGCCAAAAUCGGAGAAGUGAAGGGAGUACAACUUACAAAAUUGCACGAUUCUGGCGACAUGUAUGUAGAACAUAUUAUAUUUAUGACAAUGAAAAUGUCGAAAAUCGAAAAAGGGGACUUAAUGAAUUAAUUGUGACUCACUGUGGUGAAAACAGGCGCUCUUCUAAAUAAUGGAAUCAAAGAAACCGGCAUUGUCCUGCUCGUUUGGCAAUUUUGAUCAUGUGUUUCUUCUCAGCCACUUUUAUUUUAAUUUGCAAAAUCAUUUCUAUGUGAAUUUCACUAAAACACACAAAAGGCCUUGGUCAAAGGCACAAAAAAGUGAAAUUGUAGUUUUCAAGGGCAUUAAAGGUAAUAUUAUUAUGAUGGAUGUCACCAAACUUUGGCGGUAAUCUUCUCGCUAAUUUUACUUCGGA